CAAUCCUCAAACUGGUUCUCGAGUUUCCUGUGUAAACGUCGCCAUGGAGAAAGUUACUGCAAGAAAUGGUCAAUGUAGGCUGGAUCUACACUGCCAUUAUAAUCUAGAUCAUCUGCUUUAAACAGGAUUAUAUGAAUCUACGUUGCCACGCAUGAAUCAAUACGCAAAACCUUCGAUCAGUUUUUUCCUUCAGACUUGUCAUGGCACACGAAGUAAAUAUGGUUACUACAACCUCCUCUGCCUUUUCUCCUAUUCAAGAGAUUGUACUAUGUCUUCAAGAAGCCCACGGAAGAGGCUCCAAGCAGAAGCCACUUGCCCCAGCUGCCUGGAAUAUUUCAUCGACCCCAUGAUCUUAGAUUGUGGCCACAACCUCUGCUUCCGGUGCAUCUCCCACAUCUGGAGGAACCCCCAAGUGAUGGCCCGGUGCCCCCAAUGCACAGCCAUGGUGCAUCGGCAAAACUUUAAAGCCAACUUGCAGCUGGCAAACAUGGUGGAGAUAGCCAGAGCAUUGGGCAAACAGUUAAAAGUAGAAAGAGAUGGGGGGAAAUGCUGCAAGAAGCACCAGGAGGCCCUGAAGCUCUUCUGCAAAGAUGAUAAAAUCCCCAUCUGCCUGGUAUGUGACAGAUCUAAGCAGCACAUAAAGCAUCACGUUGUUCCAGUGGAGGAGGUUGACCAGGAAUACCAGAUCUGGAAUUGCCUGGAGACUCUAAGAGAAGAAAGAGACAAAAUACUGGCAUACAAAACACUCAUGGAAAAGGAGAGCCAAGAUCUACUGAAAAAAACAAAAGCAGAGAGGACUGAGACAGCUGUUGAGUUCCAAAACUUACACCUGUUUCUAGAGGAGCAAAAGAAGCAUCUGCUGUGCCAGAUAGACAGGGUGGAGGAGGAGAUUGCCAGGGAAAGAGAUGAGAACAUGGCAAAGCUUUCUCGGGAACUUUCUUCUCUUGAGACUCUCAUCCGAGAGAUGGAAGAGAAGCAGCAAGAGUCGGCGGACGAACCUCAAGAGGAUAUUGGGAAUGCUUUGGAGAGAUGUCGGAAUUGGAAGCUGGAGAAUCCUGUGGUCGUCGCCCCUGAGUUGAAAUGGUGCAUCUGGGACAUCUGUGAUAUAACACCGUAUCUGAAGAACGUAAUUGAACAAUUCAAAGACCAUCUGAAAUCUGGAUUUCGCCUACAAAAAGAAAACCUCCAUUUUGAUCCACUCACGUCAGGCCCCUGGGUCGUCCUGUCUGCGGAUUGUAAAACCGUGACCGAGGGAGACCAGUACCGGGCUUUGAGCAACAAUCCUGAGAGGUUUGACACGUGCAGUUUUGUCUUGGCGGAGGAGGGAUUCACAACAGGCAGGCACUUUUGGGAGGUCUACGUGGGGAGUGAGGACCAAUGGGCCGUUGGAGUGGCCAGAGAGUCGGUGAAGAGAAAAGGCGAUGUUGUCUGUGGUCCUGCGGAAGGGAUUUGGGAAAUGGGGGUCUGGGGUGGUGAGUAUCGGACCUUCAACCCGCCCGCUGACCCCGUCCUCUCUUUACGGAACAAGCCCAGAAAGGUCUUCGUGACUCUAAACUGCGAGGGGAGACGGGUGGCCUUUUAUGACGGAGAUCGAGCAAACCUGCUUUGCGAGUUCACUGAGACAUCAUUUGACAGGGAAAUACUUCAUCCAUGGUUUUAUGUGGCCAAGAGGGCACACCUGACACUCUCUGACUAAACAUGAAAAAGGUGUGAGGAAGAAGGAAUGAGGAACACGUGUCCUUCCAGAUAACUUGUUAGCUCCAGUCCAGAACAAGAGAAAUUGCAGUACUACAAUAUUAGGGAGUUCAUGUGUUCUCUUUCCCUGAUAGAGAAUUCGCUUCUGUUUUGAUGCAUGUACAACAGGCAUGAGCAAACAUUGGCCCUCCAGGGGUUUUGGACUUCCAACUCCCACAAUUCCUAACAGCUAGUAGGCUGCUAGCAGUUGCGGGAGUUGAAGUCCAAAACACCUGGAGAGCCAAAGUUUGCCCAUGUCUGAUGUACAACCUCCACAGCAGCAAAUGCAUCCUUUUAUUUCAGGAAGCCACAUUUGCACAACAGUGACUGCUUGGUCCUUUAGGUCCCUGACCACCAUUUCAGAUCAUUGGUUUGUGUAACUGGGUUUUCUGUGACAAGUUACAGCCCUACCAAAUUCAAAGUGCAAUAGAAACCACUAUAUCAUAAAAAUGAGUGAACAGUAGAAUAUGUAAUUAACACAUCCUAUCCUUAUUUAAUGUCUAGUAAGCAAACAGGCCCCAAAUUUGGAUGUGCAGAGGAAGAAAGCACAAAUCUCCCACCGUCCCCACUUCCACACACACAUUCACAAUGUAAUUCUAGAAAAUGUGCACAUCCUCUCAGUGGCAAGAUUUGCAGGAAAAAGAGGAGUAACUGGCACAAAGACAAAAGCGAAUAUGAGAAUGAACACUAAGUUUUCCCCAUCUGUACAACUUGGUGGGGAAGAGUACCUUUAGCUGGACAAUAUAAUGUUUAACAUUGUAUAAUCAGGAAUUGACAUACUAUUGCCCUCAGAAUUUUGGAAUGCAACUCCUAGCAUUUUUCACCAGUGGAUCUAUUGACUAGGAUUGUCAGAAGUUGUGAUUACAAUCUCUGAAGGACUGUAUUUUGCUGUUCAUCUGGUGUGGUUUAAUCCUAGAUCAACUCCUCAGGAAUACAAAUCUGUGAUGUGUCAUUUUUUCUCAGAGUGAAAACUCACUCAGGGAAGGUGAUAUCAUAUUUGAAGCUAAAACUGUAUGUAUUCAAAGAGAGAUGUUCCAGUGUUUAACAAUUCCCUUGAAAAUCUAGAAUUUAUGGAGCUGCAUAUGAGAAUUAUAAACCAAUCCAGGCAAUCUUUUUUUCCCAAGGACAUAGAUAUGUCAUUUUAUUUAAUGUGAAGAGUGACCUAAAGCUUACUCCCAAGCAAAGUUAGAUACUGGUGUUUUAAACAGUGCUUUUGUUUGACCAUUUUAUACAUUGUUUGGUCACCUUAGAUAAUGUUUUAAAUGUUUUGACUAAUAUAUUUCUAUUAAAGAUGUAUUUUUCA